AUCGCCCCUCCGCAACCCAGGCCCGCAUACAAGGGCAGUAGGUCCGAGGAGAUAAUCCCCCGACCGAGCUUUCCCCGGCAAAGCGCCCAAUGCGGACUUCUGGCAGCACAGAUAUAACUGGAUUGCAGCAUACAAUCCUCCAACAAUUGUUGGGAUGAAGAUAUCAUUAUAGAUAUCUCGCACUUGGCAGUAUAUAAUUGGGCCUCUGACCAAUUAUGAGGGUAGAAUGUUCGAUGCUAUUCGCUCAAAAGAACAAGAGCUUUCACUUCAAGUCUGACUCGAGAGAUGACUUACUGGAGCGACACAUUUUGAUUAUUGGAUCAACGUCGUCCCUGGUUGUAUCAUCUUUGAUCCACCAAAUAGCGAACUACCUAUCUCCAUCCCGAGAUCUCUUUUUAUCCGGGGACACUCAAGGGGCGGACAGGGCUAUCCUGCCUUGCGGAUGGGUGACACCUGGUAACGUUCAGGUUGCCGCGUCGUCGCAGAUGAUGGUGUUGUUGUGUGUUGAGCACCAGUAUCCGCUGCCACUUCUAUCUGUAUUAUCGGAUAGAGCUUGCAUAUUGAGUCUUCAUUUUUGGCUCGGGAUACGGGUUAAAUGGCAAGAGACAUCCACAUCAUCGGAUCAAGGUAUCCGUCCUUUGGAAUAUCGCUUCCGACGAUGUAAACAACAGCAGCAUCAUCUUACCCACCCUCCGAGCUGUUAUUUUGUUUAAAGACGCUCAGGAGGGUGGAUAGGGCUGUUUCUUCUUACAGACGAGGUUGCUGCGUGGUGAGCAGAAACAUGAAUGUAUCA